UGUUCCACCUCUGAAGCGCAGCAGCAGCUAUGAAUGGCUGCCACCUAACAUGUCUGAGCUGAGGGUUGUUCUGCUGGGGAACAGCUGGUCUGAGAGGAGUUCAGUGGGGAACUUCAUACUGGGAGAGACUGAGUUCAACACUGAGGAAGAACCAGAUCACUGUCUGAGAGUCAGAGGACGGAUGAAAGAGAAAGAAAUAGUUCUGAUCAACACUCCAGAUCUGCUGCUCCCCAACAUCUCUGAAGACAAACUAAGAGAACAUGUAGAAAACUGUGAGAGACUCUCUGAUCCUGGACCUCAUGUGUUCCUGCUGGUUCUACAGCCUGAAGACUUCACUGAGGAACUCAAAGAGAAGCUCUGCAGAGUCCUGAAACUCUUCAGUCAUCAAUCAUUUGAUCAUUCAUUGAUACUGAUAUCAACAUCCAGAGAGGAGAGUUCAGCUUUCAUGGAGAAAGACCAGCCCUUAAAAGACAUGAUCAGAAUGAGUAGAUACAGAUAUCUGUGGCAGAAGAACCUUGAACGUCCAGAACUUUUAACACGUUUGGUUCAAAUUGUAAAAGAGAACAAUGGAGAACACGUUAGCUACGAUGUUUUUGAGGACACAGUAUCUACUUUACCAGGUGAUCAUCAAAGUCCAAAACAGAAGGAAAAACAGACUCCGAUCACAGAUGCUGUUAAAUCUGCUGGGCUGCAUGUUAUUCCAAUCAAUCCACAACCUUCACUCUCAGAGAAAACCCUUCAGACUCACAACCACGAUAAGCUCUUUAAGUUUCUUGGCGUUGAGGGCCAGAUCGUCAUCAGUGCACCAUGCUACCAGGUGUCGGUCCACUUCCCUGUAGUCCGACUCAUCGUUACUGUUGAUGAGCCAACCACCACUGUGUCGUCUGCAAACCUGAUGAUGGUAUUACGACCAAGUUAUAGGCAUGCAGUCGUGGGUGAAGAGGGACAGCUCACAACCCUGAAGCACACUGGUGUUCAGGGGGACGUUGAGGAGGUUUGCUUCUGGCUUCAGAUUGUGAUGCUGGGGAAAAGUGAGGACAAACAGACAAGACUUGAGGUGAAGAGCUGUGUGACUCUUUGUUCACCUGGACCAAAUGUUCUGCUGCUGUUAGUGAAGCCUUCUGAUCUCACUGAGGAGAACAGACGGACACUGAAGUUCACCCUGAGUUUGUUUGGUCGAGAUGCUUUUAAACACUCAAUGGUCAUCAUGACACAUGAUGAGAGAGAAACAAGUUUCUGUGUUCAUCAGCUCCUUAAAGACUGUGGAGAGAGAUGGUACAGCAUGUCUGCAGAUGACCAUACAUCACUAAUGGAGAAGAUUGAGAACAUUGUGCGUGAAAACAAAGGAACCUUCCUCACCUUCACUGAAGAGAUGAAACCAUCCUUAAACCUGGUUCUGUGUGGGAGGACAGGAUCAGGGAAGACCUCAGCAGCCAAGGCCAUUUUAGGUCAGACAGAGCUUCAUUCAGUCUCCAACUCAUCAGAGUGUGUUAAACAUCAGGGAGAGGUGUGUGGACGUUGGGUUUCUCUGGUGGAGCUGCCUGCCUUGUAUGGAAAACCUCAGGAGGCAGUGAUGGAGGAAUCUCUCAGGUGUAUCUCCCUCUGUGAUCCUGAGGGCGUCCAUGUCUUCAUCCUGGUCCUACCUGUGGCUCCCCUCACUGAUGAAGACAAGGGAGAGUUACAGACCAUCCAGAACACAUUCAGCUCUGCAGUCAAUGACUUCACCUUCAUUCUGUUCACUGUGGAGUCAGAUCCUAAAGCUCCAGCUGUUGUUAACUUUAUGAAAGAAAACAAGGAGAUCCAGGAUCUCUGUCAGAGCUGUGGAGGAAGAUAUGUUGUUCUCAACAUCAAGGACCAGCAGCAGAUCCCAGAGCUGUUGGAUUCUGUGGAAAAAAUAAGACUGAAACCCGACCACACCGAACCAUGUUGUUACACAACAGAAAUAUUUGCACAUGCCCAAAUAAAAAAGAUCAGCGCACUACAGACUGAACUGAAGAACCUCAGUACACAAAGCAAAGUCACCUGUGAUGAAGAGAAGCAGAGCCCAGAGUGUCUCAGGAUUGUGCUGAUAGGAAAGACUGGCAGCGGAAAGAGCUCCUCAGGAAACACCAUUCUAGGAAGAGAGGCGUUUGUAGCUGAAUCGAGCCAAAAAUCAGUCACCAAACGUUGUCAGAAAGCAGAGAGUGAAGUGGACGGUCGUCCCGUCGUCGUGGUCGACACUCCUGGUCUGUUUGACACAACUUUGUCCCAUGAAGAGGUUAAUGAGGAGAUGGUGAAAUGCAUCAGUCUUCUGGCUCCUGGACCACAUGUCUUCCUGCUGGUGUUACAAAUUGGCAGAUUUACACCAGAGGAAAAGGAGACAUUAAAACUCAUCAAGAAAGUCUUUGGGGAAAAUUCUGAAAAGUUCACCAUCAUUCUUUUCACUGGAGGAGAUAAAUUAAAGCGUGAAAAGCGAUCCAUUGAUGAGUACAUUAGGACAAAAUGUGAUGAAUCAUUCAAGAAUAUGAUUGACACAAUUGGAGGAAGGUAUCAUGUGUUCAAUAACCAUGAUGAAGGAAACCGUGUGCAAGUCAGUGAGCUGAAAACCAAGAUUGAGGAAAUGGUGAAGAUAAAUGGUGGCAGCUGCUACACCACAGAGAUGUUCCAAGAGGCAGAAGCAGCAAUACAGAAGGAAGUGGAGAGAAUCCUGAAGGAAAAGGAAGAAGAGAUGCAGAGAGAGAGGGAGGAAGUUCAAAAAAGACAUGAGGAAGAAAUGGAAGCAAUGAAAGGAAGGAUGGAAGAACAGAAAGCAGAAAUUGAAAAGGAGAGAAAACUGAGAGCAGAACAACUUGAGGAAAUGAAAGAAAACAUCAACAAGGAACAUGAGGAGAGAAAGAAUGAACAGAAAAUGAGAGAAGAGGAGGACAGGAAGAGACAACAAGAGGAACAAAUUCAACAACAAAAGUGGGAACAAACAGUUGAAGCUUUGGAGCAAAAAAUAAGAGAAGAAUCAGAAUCAAAGGAAACCAUUGAUAGAAAGCUGGAGGAGAGCAGAGAAGAGAUGAAAAGAGAACAAGAGAAUGUGGAGAAAACACAAAAAGAAUGGUGGGACAAACGACAUCAAGAAUAUGAACGGAUAAAACAGGAAGAGCAAGCAAAACUGACAAAGCUCCAAGAAGAAUAUGAACAGGAAAGAGAAAGUUAUGAAAAGAAAAGAAAGGAAGAAGAUCGAAUCCGAAAGGAGCAAGAGGAGAAAAAGCAAAAAGAGUUGGAGGAAAACUUCAAGACAGAACUGGAGAGCGUAAAGAAGAAGUAUGAAGAGGAGGCCAGAAUUAAAGCUGAAGAGUUCAAUGAAUUCAGAGAUAGAAAGGAAAAGGACUUCUCAGCUUUGAUAGAAAAACACAUCGAGGAAGUGAAGAAUCUGAAACAACAGCAGGAGGAAGACAUCCAGGAGAAGAAGGAGGAAUAUGACAGCCUUCAAACACUCUCAAGCCACAAAGAAAAAACUCUAAAGCAAGGUAUGGAUGAACUACAGAACAAACAUAAACUAGAAAUGACUGACUUGGUACUGAUACUGCUGACCCAAAAGAAAGAAAACAGGAAGGAAAUAAAGACAAUGCAGGAAACGCACAAAAAAGAGGAAGAGAACCUUAAAAAACAGCUUUCAAGCCAAUACAAAACUAGAGAGAGGGAAGAAAUUGAUAAAUUAAAGAAAAAGCACAAACAAGAAAUGAAAGACACAAACAAGGGACCUUCAACCCAACACAAAGAAGAUCAGCUCAUGAGAAGGAAAAUCGAACACGAACAACAAAUUAAUGCGCUGAAACUGGAAUUGUUGACCCAACAUCAACAAAAUCAGAAGGAAGAAAUUGCAAAAUUACAGAAAAAACAUGAGCAAAACUUGGAUCAAUUCAAACAGAAGCUUAUGGAAGAAAACCAAAGAAAUGAGGCAGAAAAAAUAAAAGAACUGCAGGAGAAACAGGAACAAGAAGUGAAGGAGUUGAAACAGCAAGGCAUGACCCAAGACGAAGAAGGUCAAGAUGAAGAAGGUCAAGAUGAAGAAAGGAUGAAGAAAUGGAUGAACUGCAGAAAAAGCAUAAAAAAGAAAUAA